CUAGAAGACAAAUCAACAUUGAAUAGUUUUUAAUCGAUGAUAACUAAAGGAAUCAAGACGCCAAAAUGGCGGGCAUAUUUAAUGAAAUCAACUAUUAUCCUGUAAACAGUAUUGUAGACAACAGCAAUAGAUUUGAUAGCAUUAGCGGCAACAACACAACGAAUAAAUAAUAAAUGUUAAAGAAUUUGUAUACGAUUUAUAAGUUAAAACCAAAAAAGGAAAUUUCUAUACAUACAAAUUUAAAAAGAUUAAAGCAAAAUCAUUAAAAACAAACUUCUGCAUAUAUAAGCUAAACUAUAUUUUACUAAAUAAAACUUAAAAAAAAGCAAACACAAGGUGAAAUGGAUUUUAUGCUUUUUUAGUGAUUAACAAAGAAACGAAGAAGAAGAACUUUUAAAUUUUCCUUUGUGCAGAAACGGAAGGACCAAAUUACAAAAAGACGUAAAAAAUUGUUAAAGCUUUUUUGCUAAUGAUUCUCAUUAUAUUUUACUUCAAUAUUAUUUUGUUCGGUUUUACAAAAUAAUUCCUGACCAAAGGAUAAAGUUUUCUUUCCACAAAAGUUAUUACAGUAUUCUACGAAAGAAAAAAAAAAUCAUACAUAAUAUUAAAUAAAAACCGCAACAUCCACAAAAAUGCCAGCUGGACGUGUUGCCGGAAAAGCUGGUUAUUCCACCAACUAUUAUAAUGAUGGACGUUCAUAUGUUGGCAUCAAUGAAGAGAUUAUGUGGGUCAGCAUUGGCAUGGGCAUUACCAUUGCCGUAUUGAUAACCAUAGCCCUCUGUUAUAUAGCACGUGAAAAAUGCCAAAAACGUCAAAGGGAAUAUUAUGUGACAGCAUAGCUGGCUUCAAUAUCUGUCAAACCAAACAACUUGGACUUGUCAGCGUUGGCCACAAUAACCAACGGCAGCAGCACUAUAAUCAAGUCAGCACUAAGAGCUGAACAGAAUAGAACAACCACAACAGGA